CUCUAGAGCCUCGAGUUAACUUUCCUAGAUGCCCUCCACAACAUUGCCCGCCUCCUCGUCGUCGAAUCCCGCCCGUACUCACGCGUUGCUACUAGACUUCUUGCGCCCGAUGCCCUGAACGCACCGCGACCAAUACAACUCCCGUCUCCGCCUCCAGAUGGCUCUGCUGCCGAUGAAGCAGCCGCGGCGAGAGCCGCUGAACGCGAGAAACAGGUUCGCCACAUGAAGGGUUGGCAGAACGAGAUCAUGAACGAGCUCGAUUUAUUGGACUACGCCGUUCUCCGCAUGGAGAUGACGACAAACAGCAACCAGGCUGAGCGAAGUCGCUACGCCAGGGAGAAAAUCGCCAUUACGGACAAGCAGAAUGCCAUUCGAGAGAGUAUCGAGGAGCUCCGAGAACAACUCAAGGAAGCCAAGGAGACGCUCGCGAUCCGCAAGACGUACGACGAUCAGACAGACAAGAUCACUAGCAGCAAGAUGCUGAAGCCGCGGGAUGAGCAGGCUGCAGCGCAUGCUAAGCUAGACGAGGAGAUUUCUGAAUUACAGCAAGAGGUGGAGAAUUCUAAGAAUACUUGGGCGGAGCGGCGGAUGCAGUUUGGUCGCAUUGAGGAAGAGGCUAAGGAGAUGCUACGGAUGAUUAAGGAUGAGAAGGAAGAGGCAGAGCGCAAGGAGGGUAUGAUGAAAGAUGGUGAUGAGAUUGAUGACGUUGAGGGCAGCACCACAAGGGGGGAAAUAAGCCAUGUUGGUACCCCGAGACCAGAUGGUGGUGUAACUCCGAUGCACAUGCAUCAUAGCGAUGAGGGCUCCCAGACACUCAAGGUGCCGCAAGACCGGCUUGCACUCUUAUCUCGGGGCAACAGUGUAGCUCCCUCUCCUGCAAAAUCCGCUGAUCAGGAUGUUGAGAUGAGCGAGGCUGGCCCCGCCGAUGGAGACGGUCAGGCGGAUGAUUCUUCUAGCAUCGAAGAGGGUGAGCAUGAAGAAGAUGACGGGCCGCCUCCAGACGAGAUGGAUGACUCUUAACGCAUGGAGCCUAUUGAGUGUGCCUCCUUCAAAUGUUCACUUUCACGGCUCCUUACGAUACCCGUACUAUUUGCAUAGCCUGGCGUUAUAAUAUAGGGUAUUUCGGGCGAAGUUUUCUAGUCCUAUAUCAUACCACCUGACGCACAAUAUGAGAGAAG